UUGGCAGGACCACCGCACGAGAUGGCCCGCGGAUGGAGAGGUGUGGUUGACAGAACGGAUCGGCCAAGACGAGAUGGUGCAGCGACAGUGGGUACGGCCCGAGAGCGAGACGGGGUUGAACCGACGGCGAGUCGAGCAGUACAUGGAGGCGUUGGUCCGAUUCCGAGAGAAAUUGUUGGUGUUGAUCCACAUGAGUGGAGGCCAGCCAGGACGAGCGCCCGAGGUAUUGAGCAUUCGACACGUCAACACGCCCGAGGGUGGCCAUCGCAACGUAUUCAUCGAGGACGGCAUGGUCGUGUUCGUGACCCGUUACCACGAAGGAUAUUCGGUGAGCGGGGACGUAAAGGUGAUCCAUCGAUAUUUGCCGCGGGAGGUGGGCGAAUUGGUGGUGUAUUAUUUGUGGUUGGUAUUGCCGUUUGUGCAGCAGAUGGAGGUCAUCAUGUACGAGAAGGAGGAUAUUUCGUCCCACAUGUGGCCGACCGACCCGAAGGGCAAGAAGUGGACGGCGGAAAGGAUGAGAAAGGCAUUGGAGCGAGAGAGCCAGUUGGCAUUGGGCCAGGCGAUGAACGUGGCCGCAUAUCGAGAGAUUGCCAUUGGCAUCAGCCGAAAGUACAUGCGAACAUCGACCGCGUUCGACCCCAGCGACGAAGAAGCCGAAGCAGGCGCCAAGUCAUGGGACGACGAGAAUGGAAAGUCGGGCAUUGCCGACGAGCAGGCCGGCCACACGUCGCACGUCGCCGGGUUGAUAUACGCCCGCGGGAUGAUGGAGCAGACGGGAGCCAUCGCGGAGAAGAGGCAGCGAUUCCGGGAGUCGAGCACGGAUUGGCAUCGAUUUUUGGGAUUCGAAUCGGCAUGGGAGGAGCGAGCGACGACGUCGUUGAAGCGCAAGCGGGCGCCGUUCGAGGGCGACGCCGACGAGGGACGAUUCGAUCGAUGGGCGCAUUUGCGGACGAUGGACGUGGAGCAGCC